GUAUAGUUUCACUAGCAGUUAUAAACGCCGAUUUAAAAAGUGGAAUUUUACAUCUGAAAAAUACAUCCACAGAUAUUUGGCAAACUUAUUUUUGUAUUAUGAAUGAUCAAGUUUUAAUUCUGACACCUCCUAAAGAUGAAGAAGAAGAAAUAGAAGAUGAUAUUUAUGACUUCCCAUAUGAAGAUGUUUACGUUGGAGAUGAGGAUGAUGUUGCUGUACAGAUCUGGUUUCAUGGGAAAAAAAAGUCAAAAACAGCUGAAGAGAUUAUAAAUAAUUAUAGUUCAAAAACAAGUGGAUGUUUCUUAAUUAGAGAAAAUGACAAGAAUGGUUACUCUAUUUCUUUUUGGAAUAAUGACAAGACAUGUCAUUGUAGAAUCAAUUAUAAAGAUGGAAAAUAUUAUUUAAAUCAAGCAGUUGGUUUUGAAAGUAUUGUGGAAAUGGUAGAAUUUUAUCAACAAACACCUCUAUAUCUGGGACAAGAAAAAUCCAUAUUACUUUCUGAUCCAAUUCCAGUUGAACCAGAUUUUUUAAAUGAACCAUGGUAUCAUGUGACUGAUCGUCACGGUGCAGAAAACCUUCUUAGAAGAGCCACAGACAAUGGAACAUUCCUCAUUCGUCCUUGUGGAAGACGAAUAUGUCCUUAUUCUUUAUCCAUAAUAUAUAAUCGUACCAUUCGACAUUUUGCAAUCUCUAGAGAAGGAGGAUUAUUUUCAAUAGGAUCUUUUAGAUUUUUAUCCAUGGAGAAGUUAGUAGAUUUCUUUAAGAAACGACCAAUUGCUAAACAAAUGGUUUUGAAAAAGCCAGCAACUAGUGCUUUACUUGAUGCAGAUGAUAUUACUGAUAAAUUUGCUGAUGUUAAUAUUUAUGGUGAUGGUAUUUAUGCACAUGUGGAUGACCACCAAGAAAAACUGGUUUCUGUUCGAGCUUUAUAUGAUUACAUUGGCGAUCCUGAUACACAAUUAUCAUUUAAAAGAGGUGCCAUUAUAACUAAUGUAAUGGAAAUUGAUGAUCCUUGGUGGAAGGGAGAUUAUGGUAAACAAACUGAGUUACUUUUUCCUGCUAAUUAUGUGGAAGUGAUUGAUACAGAGGCUGAGGAAGAAGAAAAGUUAAGAGAUAUAACAAUACCACUAGAGACAUGUAUAUUAGAACUGGCAGAAAGAUGUGGCAAUAAAAGAUUUGCUUUUAAAUUAUAUAGUUCCAAGCAAACAGAAGGUUAUAUAUUUGCUUGUGAUGAACAGGCAGAAUUCGUUGAAUGGCUUGACGCUAUUGGUAAUGUAAUUCAGCAAACUCAAGAAACCAAAGAACAGCGUCAAAAACAAGAACAGAUACAGCGUAGAGCAAAGGAGUUGCUUGAUUUAAUUGUUUAUUGUCAAUCCGUUCCCUUUCCACUUGCAGUGAAAGGUGGUAAAAUAACAGAGAUGGCUUCAUUGUCUGAAAGUAAAAUGGGUCAGUAUAAUUCUAAGGAAAAAGUUGGAAUAAUGACAAGAUACAACUGUAAGCAGUUAUCUCGGGUUUAUCCUGGUGGUCGCAGGGUUUUAUCUUCCAAUUAUGAUCCAGUUCAAAUGUGGUCAUAUGGAUGUCAGAUGGUUGCUUUAAAUUAUCAGAAAGCUGAUAGAUUUAUACAGUUGAAUAAUGCCCUGUUUCUACGUAAUGGACGAUGUGGAUAUGUGUUAAAACCAGAGUGUAUGAGAUCUGUAAACUUUUCUCCAUUUGAAAUGAAGUCAUUUAUCAGUGUUGAACCAGUUACUAUUACUGUUGCUGUCUUGUGUGGUAGAAAUAUUUUUGGUGGAAAGAUAACUACAGCAACCAAUCCAUUUGUCAGUAUUGAAAUAAUUGGUUUAAAUUUAGAUAUCAAUAAAAGGAGAACAGGCUCUAUAAGUAAGGGAAGUAAUUCCUUAAGUCCAAUAUGGGAUGACCAACUGUUUCUCUUUGAUGUCACCUUUCCUGACUUGGCGUUCUUAAGAUUUGAAAUUCUUGAUGAAAGUUUUGAAAAGACAAAAACAAUCCAUGCCCAGGCUACAUAUCCAUUGAAAGGAUUAAGACAAGGUUUUCGCUGUGUUCAUUUAAACAACCACUUCAGCGAAAAGCAGGAAUUAUCUAGUUUAUUGGUACAUAUAGAAACAAAAAAUCCUAUGGAAGCAGAAGAAAGAAAUGUUUUUAAAAUGAUAGAAGAACUGAGGCAGAGUUAUGCUUCGUCUUUCCCUGGUAGUAUGAAAAAACAACUAGAAGAAACUGAAAUCAAAUUGUUGAAGUAUUUAGAUGAAAGACAGAAAAAAAGAAGGAGAGAAUCGCAUCUACAGGGAAGUCCUGGUACCCGGAAAUAGAAAUUAUGUAAAUGUGAUGUCCUUGUUUCACCUCUUGGAAUUCAGCUUCACUGUAUAUACCGAGUACUGUUAUCUAAUACAACAUUUAGCAGAUUAAACUUCAACAUUUUCUUCAUCUUACACAAUGUUAUUGAUUGUUUUGUUACUUUUCUGAAAUUUUCUUCUCGGAUGUUCUAAAAGUUUGUUGUUUAUGUUUUGUAAAAAUGAAGGGGUGGGGGGAUGGCCGAAUGGUUAGCACGUGCGUGCUGUAUCACAAGGUCUGUCAUUGAGUCAACUGCCAUGGUUUCGAUUCCCCUGUUGUAGGUGACAAGGAGUAGGGUCACCUGUCCAACCUCGUGGGUUUUCUCCCACUGCUAAAGACCACUACGCGAAAGCGAAUGAUUGAAAUAAAAUUGAACCAUAUAAUGGUCCCGAAAUGACCUAGUCUGUGUCGAUUGGACGUUACACCCCAUUUCUCUCUCUCUUGUACUACUUUUUGUGCACCAUUUACUGGUACAUUUGAUGGACUACCGAGGGUUAGGGUGCCAUUUGUAAUAUGGAUGUUAGUAAGAUAUGUUUUACUUUAUAUUUAACUGUUAUAUUUAUACACGCACAUUUAAUGUGGACAUAUACUAUUGUCACCUGCGUAGGUUGUCCAUGAGUCGGUCUGUCAUCUUUUUUCAAAUAAGGCAUUAAUAUGAACCAUGGACAUGGUGUUACUCUCGAUCGACAGCUAUUACCAAUUGUAGUUAACAUAAGAGGGGAAGGCUUAUAAACUAGUAAUCUAUAAGAAAAUAGUAUUGAUAUUUAUGUGUAUUUAUUGACCCGUUAUACUCACACACUACAUGCUUUGAACAGUUAUGACAUCAGUAUUAAUUGUAACUCUUUAUAUAUAUACUUUUUUUAUACAUGUUUACCAACAAAUUUUUUGAUUACGAACAACAAAUAUCUAAGUUAAAGCAUCAAAUUUUGGCUUUAAUAACACUAGACAGUAUAAUUUGAUUUGUUGAUGCUUUGCAUCACGAUAACUCUGAUUCUCUUGGAGUGAGAGGGAUGAAACUAAGUCAGUAUAGAUUCAUUAAAGAUACAUUAUGUAACAUUUAGAUAAAGAGCUGGUUGUUCUUAAUAUACAAGUUCUAAAAUAGAUAAUGAAAAAUGAAUAUGUUGAAAAUUUCAGUCAAAUUACUUUUUUCUGAGUGAAGUUAUGAGCCUUUGAAGGUUUAAUGAUAUAGUCUUGAUUUGUCAAAUAUCAUUGCUACAAUUAUCCAUUUUUAUAUGCCCACAUUUUCAUGUGGACAUAUUAUGUUACAGUCAAUUUGUGUAAUCAGUCAUUUCAUGUAAUGACUAAACGAAUCAGUCAUUACGUGAAAUGCCUGUGGGCACCAGGCAAUAAGUGCAAUGACCGAAAAUUCCAGUCAUUACACGAAAUGACUAAAAAUCAUGGGCAGACAUUCUGCGAAAUGACUGAAGCACUGUCAAACCACAAAAAUUCACUGUAAAACAUUUAUUGACCUCACAUCCAAUGUUGAAUCAUACAUUGCAGAAUAUUAAUUAUAAUGAAAUAUUAAUUCAUUGAAACGAAAUAUUAAUUCGUUGAAACGAAAUAUUAAUUCGUUGAAAUGAAAUAUUAAUUCGUUGAAACGAAAUAAUAAUUUCAUCACAAAAAUCUUACUGUCAAAUCACUUUUAAAAAAAAAUCCCAACUGGUUAAUCACUCAAGUCACUUGUUGCACCGGACAUACCACUGUCCACCGCAGCUGGAUUCUUUAUGUACAGCCUGACGAAGUGUUACUGUCUUUGUACGAUCUACAUCAGAUUCAAUAACUAACUGUUGGGGACACAAAUCAAACUGAUUGCGUGAAAACUUCCCUUUUAGAAUCCCUGCUUUGACACAAAUGGUGUACAUGUUAAUUCUCUUCGCGGUCGAUGAUUAUUCCCAGAAUAUUACGUGGAUCACCACGACCCCUAUCCACUAGAGGAAUAGGUACUGCUACGUUGUCUCCCACCUGGCCAGUGGCUAGUUCUACUCGACUCCCCUUGACCAUACGCUGAGCUUGUAUCAUCUGAGCAGAGCUGGCACCAUUUCUUUCAUAUAGGAUGUUUUGCAAGCGGGCAUUGAGUAAAUCGGAGGGACUAUUCCCCUGUUCAAUUGGGCUAGCUGGAUGUUCAAAGUCAAAAUCCAACCUGGUAGUUUGUGUUGGUUCCUGACUGGUAGUUAGUGUCAGUUCCAGACUGGUAGCUUGUGAUGGUUCCUAGCUGGUAGUUUGGGUCUGUUCCUGACUGGUAUUUUGUGCUGGUUCCUGACUGGUAGUUUGCGCCGGGUCAAAAGAGAAAUAAAAACUAAAAACCAAUAUUAGAUGGGUUUUUUUUAAAAGUUUAUGUUGUUAUUUUAUGUGUUAGGCCUACACAUAUUGCCUGAUUUGCAAAAUCUGCAAUCAGGCAUUAUGUGUAAAAAAAGGGUAGGAAUUUUAGUCAUUUCGUGUAAUGUCUGGAAUUUUCGGCAUUACACGUAUUGUCUGGUGCUCACAGGCUCUUCGCAAAAUUAGUGAUUCGUUUAGGUAUUACGCGAAACUGAUUACACAGAUUGACUGUAACAUAUAUAUUGUCGUCACCCCUGUCCGCCCAGACAUCUGUCCACAAUUUGUUUAUGGACACUCUUCAGGUCACAUAUCCGAUUUUGACGAAACCUGAAAUAUAGGUUUAUCUCCAAAACAUCUUGGUUCCUUUCGAUAUAGCAUGGAUUAUGGCCCCUGAUUGUACGAAAAAUCACGUUUUUAGCUUGUGGAUACUCUGAAAGUCACAAUUUUCAUCUGAUUUUGAUGAAAUGAAUAUUUAUAACCCAAAGAUCUUGGUUCCUUUAGACAUUUGCGCAUAUUGGAUUGUAACUUCCUGAAUUAUGGCCCCUGAUUGUACGAAACAUCAUGGUCCCUCUAGAGGUCACAAAUUUUAUCCGAUUUAAAAAAGUGUUUGAAUAUAUCACAGUUACACCCUAAUGAUGGUGGAGUUUGAAUCUGACUAAAACUGCCAAACAAAAUGGCUGCCCCUCCUAUGCAAAUAGUGUAAAUAUAUAGUAUAUCAAGGUUGUGGACCCUCUAGAGGCCACAAUUUUGAUCCGAUUUUGAUGAAACUUAUUUAUGUGUAUAUCACAAAGAUCUUGGUUCCUUUUGAUAAUCGCACAUAUCUGAACGUAACUUCCUGGAUUAUGGCCCCUGAUUGUAUGGAAAAUCACUUUUUUUUUUUUUAGCUUGUUCUCUAUCCAUCUCUUGCAAAAUGUGGGCGUAUCUUGCCAGGCAGCCGCUGGUUAUAUUUAAUCAUUAAAUGGUGCUUGUGUUUUAAUCCAUUAAAAAUCACCGCCAUCCAACGAUCUAGACAGUUGAUUAUAGGCUUGUCAUUUGAAUAAAUGUCUAAUUAAAUAUUUAUAUAACAUUUGAAGCUAAUAGAAAGACCUGCAAUAGGCAGAUUUACCUCUUACAUAAUGCAUCUUUAUAUAAAUACCUUGUCUGUUCAAUAAUGAACAUUUUCUGCCCAGGUUAAGCAGAGUGACAAGUAAAACCAUAAAGCGUUGUAAAGAUAACCACAAGUAAUUAAUGAGCGACAUCUAUUUUGGGUGGAUUAAGCAGGCGGCGUCAGUCUUACUGUAUACUUUCUUGUUAUCCUCAAAAGUUACCACAGAAUUGUCAUUUUAAAUUUAUCAACCUAUACUUAGUAUUUUUAUAAAUAAAUAUAUACUCUAUUUACCAAGUACUUACUUCUUAUCCUCAAAAGUUAUCAUCAUUUUAAAUUCAUUAUCAACCUAUUUUUAGUAUCUUUAUGAAAAUAAAUAUAUACUCUAUU